AUGGAAGCAGCCAUCCCCCGGGUGGUUCAAAUUAAAUGUAGAUGGUUCAGCAUUAACCCUGGUCUCUUAGGCGGGGGUGGCAUUUGCAGGAACAACAACGAUGCCUUCAUCUUCGGUUUCUCCGUGGCCUACGGGGUUGGUUCCAACAACCUAGCAGAACUUCAUGCUAUUCACGAUGGGAUGGUGUUAUGCUUAGAGAAAGGAAAGCUUUAUGGUGGUUGGAUAUAUUCUCCGCUUCUCGCUCCAAGGUCCCCUGGCAGCCUAUCUAUCUUCCUCCUGUCACCUCGGAUUCUCGGCAAAAUAGGCGUUCUUUCUCCCCUUCGGCAGUUGAGCGGUUACGGGACGACUUCAAAUAAUUUGGCUGAACUCCGGGCUGUUUGGGAUGGUUUGAAAUUCUGUAUUUCUUCUGGCAUGGACAGAGUUCUCCUGAAAUCGGAUUCUAAGUGGGUGGUAGACUGCAUAUCCGGGGAGUCCUCCUGUGACUGGAAAUGGGUUUAUUGGUUGGCCAGGAUCAAGAGUCUCCUUGACAGGGGAUCCUAUCGGAUCUCUCUCAUCCCUAGAGAAGCAAACGGGCCUGUUGACGGCCUGACCAAAGAGGGCAGCAGAACCUCCUCAACAGUUGAGAAGUGGACCCUUGUCUGUAAAUAUGGAGGAUCUGCUCCAUACUUGGAUCCUUCUCUCAUCGUCACUAUAGCACGAGGAGACUGCGAGAGUCUACGUUCUCCACAUAACACGGUUUCCAUCCGCUCAACUGAUAUAAUGGAGAAUCUCAGGGUAUUUUGGUCAUUUAUCCUCUUCCAUGCAGUCCUCCUCUCGUCCAUCAACUCCUGCUCACCCUCGGUAUUUACGUUGAAAAAUAAUACGGAUCAAGUCGCAUUGCUCGCAUUCAAAUAUGGUAUUUCUGAAGAUCCUUACCGAGUCUUGAGUUCAUGGAACGAUUCUCUCCAUUUCUGUCAAUGGAAGGGAGUCACGUGCAGUCGCCGUCAUCAUCAAAGGGUCACGAGCUUGAACCUCAGGGACCACAGCUUGUUGGGCCACUUGUCACCUCACAUAGGAAAUCUCUCUUUCCUUAGAAGAAUCGAUCUCUCCAACAACAAAUUCCAAGGCCAAAUCCCUCAAGAAAUCGACCAUCUGUUCCGGUUGCAGCAUCUCAAUCUGUCCGUAAAUUCACUGCAAGGAGAAAUUCCAUCCAAUCUGAGCCACUGUUCAGAACUGAUAACCAUUCACAUCAGGCAGAAUCAGCUGGUAGGAGAACUUCCUGCCGAUCUUGGCUCAUUGUCAAAGCUCAUUGUCCUUUCUGUCUCAAAAAAUGAUCUGAGAGGAAGCAUCCCACCUUCGUUGGGGAACCUUUCCUCUCUCACCACUCUUGAUCUAACAUAUAACAAUUUUGAAGGGCAAAUUCCAAACCAGCUUGGUCAAUUGGCAGGCAUUAUUUUUUUUGGAUUAGGUGUAAAUCAGUUAUCAGGUACGAUUCCACCAUCGAUUUAUAAUCUCUCAUCCAUCCAAGUGUUUAGCGUGGCAGUUAACCGGCUACAUGGACGCAUUCCCCCCAACCUAGGCCUUGCUUUUCCACGCCUGCGAUGGAUUUCUUUAGGAGGAAACCAAUUCACUGGACCAAUUCCAAUUUCAUUGUCCAAUGCUUCAAGUCUCGAAAAUUUUGAUAUUGUUAAUAACAGUUUUAGUGGACCUGUACCUGAAAAUCUAGGAAGUCUUUCAUCUCUCUACCGUUUUAAUAUCGCUAUUAAUCAGCUUGGAAGCAGGGAAGGUGAUGACCUGAGCUUCCUCACUUCACUCACCAACUGCACCCGUCUGCAGCUUUUAGGUGCAGCUAUUAAUAAUCUCUAUGGUGAGUUGCCCAGCUCUAUUGCUAAUCUCUCGACACAGCUAAACGUGCUCUUUUUAGGAGGAAACAAGAUAUUUGGAAUCAUUCCCAAGGGAAUCGAGAACCUCAUUAGCUUGUAUGCUCUGGAUCUGUCAAUGAACUCCUUGAAGGGUAUUCUUCCAGAUGCUAUUGGGAAGCUUGACAAGUUGCAAGACUUGAGAAUGUUUCGAAAUAAACUUUCAGGGCCAAUCCCACCUUUAAUUGGUAACAUUACUCGAUUGAGCUUUCUCUACUUGGAUGGAAAUGAUUUCCAUGGAAACAUACCAUCAAGUUUUGGAAAUUGGGGAUUUAUGGAACAAUUGUUCAUUUCUGAAAAUAAACUCAAUGGUACCAUACCCAAACAAAUCAGCGCAGCUCAAAUGGACCUGUCUCGCAACUCAUUCACUGGGUCUUUCCUGCUGGAAGCUGAUAACUUGGAAAAUAUUCGGGAAAUGAACAUCUCAGAGAACAAACUAUCAGGUAAAAUUCCAGGUUCAUUGGGAAAGUGUCAAAGCUUGGAGUUUCUCUAUAUGAAUGGCAACUUGUUUCAAGGAACCAUUCCAGAGUCUCUAAGGAAUUUAAAAGUAUUUGAAUUUGUCAUUCAAUAA